AAACGGGACCCGGAUGUUCCCUUCUUUGCUUUUGUUUCAGUAGCUGAGAGGCGAGUCAGUUCGGUGUUUGUCUUUCACAAAACAUUAAAAAUGUCCAGUUCCUCCAACCUGGUUGCCAUGAAAAAGGUGGUAAAACAGCUUCGUUUUGAGGCGAGCAUAAACAGAGUGAAGGUUUCACAGGCAGCUGUAGACCUACAACAGUUUUGCAUGCAGAAUGCCAUUCAGGACCCUCUGCUCACUGGUGUGUCCUCCAGCACCAACCCCUUCAGGCCACAGAAGGUCUGCUCCUUCUUGUGAAAGUAUUUAUUGGCCUUAGAUGCUACAAGAAGAUGUUGACCUCAGCACUGCUCCUCAUGCCAAGCCAUUAUACUGCCACAGGAUCUAUAAAGUUUACAUCAUAUUGCAGAUGGGUCAGGAAUAACAAUAUUACUAGUCACAGUAGAAGAAAAGAUCAUUUUUAAAUGGCACAAUCUGAUUUUUUUGUUGUUGUUUUUUUUAUAUUGUGCCUUUUUUAUCAUUCUAUUUUAGUCAUUGUUGCUCUGGACUUUUUUGUAUUUAAUAAAAAAUAUUCUUAACUCUG